AUGGUGCAGCAGGGGCACGAGAUGCGCGCCAGCAGCACCUCAUCCACCGACUCAAAUGGGUUCCCUGUCAAAGAUGCGGACGCCAUUAAACUUUUUGUUGGGCAGAUUCCCCGAAACCUGGAAGAAAAGGACCUUCGACACCUAUUCGAGCAGUUUGGCAAAAUUUAUGAGUUCACAAUACUCAAAGACAAGUAUACUGGUAUGCACAAAGGCUGCGCAUUUCUCACAUUUUGCCAUCGCGACAGCGCCCAGAGGUGUCAGACGACGUUACACGAUCAGAAGACGUUGCCAGGGAUGAACCGAGCGAUGCAAGUGAAACCAGCCGACACAGACAGCCGUCCGGCAAGUCCCAAAGAUAAAAUGGAUGAUAAGAAGUUGUUCAUCGGGAUGCUAUCAAAACAACAGUCCGAAGACGACGUUCGCACGCUUUUUGCCGCGUUUGGAGAGUUGGAUGAGGUAACAGUGCUCCGUGGUGCCGACGGAGCAUCUAAAGGAUGUGCAUUUGUAAAAUACAAAUCCGGAUUCGAUGCUCAUAUGGCGAUUUCCGCGCUUCAUGGAUCCCAAACCAUGCCAGGAGCAUCGUCAAGUCUUGUUGUAAAAUAUGCAGACACUGAAAAAGAGCGACAAAACCGUCGAAUGCAACAAAUGGCCGCGCAAAUGGGAAUGUUGAAUCCUCUACUGGUGAAUCAAGUCGGUCUACAGUAUAACACGUAUCAGCAGGUGCUCCAACAGCAAGCAAUUGCCGCACAGACAUCUGCUGCUAGUGUUGCAUAUCUGCCAUUGCUACAGCAACAACAUACGGCUACGGACCCCCUCCAAAUGCUGCAAUUCCAAGCAGCGGCUGCAGCCGCCGCAGCUACACCGGUCAUGCCCCAACAACAACCCCAACUCGCCGCCCAGAUCCAAGGACUCCAGUCCGCAGCAGCAGUUUCCCAAAAUCCCCAUUACGCCUUGGCCGCACAAGCGUUGGCCCAACAACAGGCCGCCCAACAGGCCCAACAGGCCGCAGUGGCCGCCCACGCACAGCAUACAGCUGCUGGACACCAACAGGUGCAUUCAGGAGUCAAUCAGACUGCUCCAGCGACUUCUACGGCUCAGGGAGAUGCUGCGAGCUCUUAUGCGGCAGCGGCGGCCGCUGCCGCCGCAGCUGCUAGCUACAAUUCGCUUAUUUCCGGGAUUGAGAGUCAGCAUAAUGCCGCCGCCGCCCUUCAACUGGCUCAAAUGCAGCAGCAAGCUGCCGCAGCGCUCCCAAUGAUAACUCCAAAAGAAGUGCUUGGUCCCGAUGGCUGCAACCUUUUCAUCUAUCAUCUGCCGCAAGAGUUUGGCGACGCGGAACUCAUUCAGAUGUUCGCGCCGUUCGGUCACGUCGUGUCCGCCAAAGUGUUUGUCGACCGUGCCACUAAUCAGAGCAAGUGCUUCGGCUUCGUUUCGUACGACAACAUUCACUCGUCUCAAGCGGCAAUCGCCGCGAUGAACGGUUUUCAAAUCGGCAUGAAACGUCUGAAAGUGCAGCUGAAACGGCCUCGAGAAGCCAGUCGUCCAUAUUGA